AUGGCCCGUCUGAACACCCAAGCUGUCUCGGCUGAUCCUGACAACGAGAUCCUCACGACCUCCCCAGACAGUCAUACAGCUACAUCGCACGCACCCCACUCAACCAUUCAGACGGACGACUCCGAUAAAGAGAACGAGCACCAUACCGCGGGGAAUCACAAGAAGAGGAAGAGUUCUAUGGCCAAUAUGUCAGAGAGGACUCCUGCCGACUCUCGGAAGCGAAGGAGAACAGGUGUAGAGGAAUCACAGACUCCUUCCGCCCAACAAUACUAUGAUCCCGAUCAAGAUCCUGAAGAACGACGCCAGGUCCGCAAGGGUCUGCGCAGUCUUUACGCGGAGCUUCACGACUCCAGGGCUGAAUACCUUCAACCUGACUCAAAUGGCCUCGAAGAGACACUCGUAAAAUUGGACGGAAUUUACAAGAAUGUCAAGCAAACUUCAGAGGCCACUAUUGAUUCGCGAUUACUCGUCGAAACUGCAGACCUGUCUUACAGAAAGAUCAACAAUCUGACGCUGAGCGAUGGGACGAUUGGUGUUGACGUCGACGAUUUCGUCACGAAAUGUAUCAUGUUCAUGAAACAGGGCAACGAACCCGAAGCGGCGUAUCGUGAUGCGCCUACCAGCACUCAAACCCAGUCCCAACGGCGAAGGCGGCAUCAGGAUGCGGAUGAAGAGGACGAAGGUGAUACCAUGAAUUGGGAGUACUUGGGGAAUAAUGCUUGUUUCCUGUACAACUCACGGCCUUGCCUGACCGGCUUUCUCCUUGGCCCUCUCUCGGUUCAAAAAAAGACCCGGCAGCAAACCCAGCGGAAAGCUCGUGAAGCUCGUACUGAGCCCACGCAAGCGGUGCGUCCGGUCGAGUUGGGCGACGAGGAUCUGCAGAAGCAGGAAUCAGCCAACCUCACUGAGAUCUGCACCGAGAUCGCACGUCUGUUGCAAGAGGCUAUGAUUACAGGACAGAACAAUGCUGAGAGAGAAGUCGACGAAGCCGACGAGGAGCUUUCGGAAGAGCAAACACGAGAGAUCCUACGGAGGAAUGAAAUAGCUGAUAAUGGCUGUGUGCCACUGUUCAACUUCUGUGUCAACCCGAAAUCAUUUGGACAAACAGUCGAGAAUAUGUUUUAUGUGAGCUUUUUGAUCAAGGAAGGAAAAGUGGCGUUGGACUUUGAUAGCCACGGGAUGCCAACGUUGGGCCUUGAACCUGACAAGAGUCUCGCAGAGAGACAGGAAACGCAACGUAACCAAGCGAUCUUCACUCUCGAUUUCGACGUUUGGGAAGACAUUGUCAAGACAUUUGGCAUCCAGAAGAGCAUCGUCCCUCAUCGAAGGGAGGAGAAGUAUGACGACGGAAUACUCGACUACGCGCAUAUGGAAGACGAUGCUGACCGCAGGGAAGAGGAAGAAGAGGAAGAUUCUGAUGCCUAUUCAUGA